AUGGAGGUGCCGCCGGAGUGGCCGGCGGGCCGGGUCCGGGAGGCUUUCAUCGACUUCUUCACGUCCAGGUCGCACACGGCAUGGCCGUCGAGCCCCGUGGUGCCCGUCGGCGACCCCACGCUCCCGUUCACCAACGCCGGGAUGAACGGGUUCAAGGCGAUAUUCCUCGGCCUGGCCGCCCCGGGGUCGCCGCUGGGCCGCCUGCGCCGCGCCUGCAACACCCAGAAGUGCAUCCGCGCCGGCGGCAAGCACAACGACCUCGACGACGUGGGCAAGGACACGUACCACCACACCUUCUUCGAGAUGCUCGGGAGCUGGUCCUUCGGGGACUACUUCAGGGAGGAGGCCAUCGCAUAUGCGUGGGAGCUCCUCACCCAGGUCUACAAAUUGCCCACUGAUAGAAUUUAUGUAACAUACUUUGGUGGUGAUGAGAAAGCUGGUCUCACUCCCGAUACCGAGUCGAAAAUCAUAUGGUUGAAGUAUCUACCGAAUGAAAGAGUUCUGCCUUUUGGUUGCAAGGAUAACUUUUGGGAGAUGGGCGACACAGGUCCUUGUGGGCCAUGCUCAGAGAUUCAUUUUGAUCGUGUUGGCAACCGUGACGCAGCUUCAUUAGUGAAUAAUGAUGACCCUACAUGUAUUGAGAUCUGGAAUCUUGUGUUUAUUUAG